GCGGUAUAGGAGUGAGCGCCGCGGACAGCAGGGCCAGCCGAACGCAGCCGCCGCCGCCGCCGCCACACGCCUCCCGCAGUCUCCGCGCCGCCGAAGCCGCCUAGCGAACCCAGCCCGGCGCGCCCCCAACCGCCGCUGCCCCCUGGCCGGCCCGUCUGCGAGCGGGCGAGCGGCCGCGACGCCCGGCCGGACCCUGAACCUCGCCUUCUCGCGCGUCGGCCGCCCGCGCCUCCUCGGCUGCCUGCCUGGCAUGAAGACCAAGUUCUGCAACGGGGGCGAGGCGGAGCCCUCGCCGCUCGGGCUGCUGCUGAGCUGUGGCAGCAGCAGCGCGACCCCGGCGCCCGGCGUGGGGCAGCAGCGCGACGCCGCCAGCGACCUCGAGUCCAAGCAGCUGGGCGGCCGGCAGCCCCCGCUGGCGCUGCCCCCGCCGCCGCCGCCGCCGGCCGACGAGCAGCCGGAGCCGCGGACGCGGCGCAGGGCCUAUCUGUGGUGCAAGGAGUUCCUGCCCGGCGCCUGGCGGGGCCUUCGCGAGGACCAGUUUCACAUCAGUAUCAUCAGAGGUGGCCUCAGUAACAUGCUGUUCCUGUGCUCCUUACCCGACACUGUGGCCACUGUUGGUGACGAGCCUCGGAAAGUGCUCCUACGGCUGUAUGGUGCGAUUUUAAAGAUGGUAUUUUUGAUAAAGCUGUGGAAUGGAAAGAGGUCCUGUAAUAAGGAGGGAUCCGAACAAGCUCAGAAUGAAAAUGAAUUUCAAGGCACUGAGGCCAUGGUUCUGGAGAGCGUCAUGUUUGCCAUUCUUGCAGAGAGGUCGCUUGGGCCGAAGCUCUACGGCAUCUUUCCGCAAGGCCGCCUGGAGCAGUUUAUCCCGAGCCGGCGAUUAGAGACUGAAGAGUUAAGUUUGCCAGAUAUUUCUGCAGAAGUAGCUGAGAAAAUGGCCACAUUUCAUGGAAUGAAGAUGCCAUUCAAUAAGGAACCAAAAUGGCUUUUUGGAACAAUGGAAAAGUAUCUAAAUCAAGUGCUGAGAAUUAAAUUUACCGAGGGAGCCAAGGUGAAGCAGCUCCACAGAUUCCUCAGUUACAACCUGCCUUUGGAACUGGAGAGCCUGAGAUCAUUGCUUGAAUCCACUCCAUCUCCAGUUGUAUUUUGUCAUAAUGACUGUCAAGAAGGUAACAUCUUAUUGCUGGAAGGGAGAGAGAAUUUGGAAAACCAGAAACUGAUGCUCAUCGACUUUGAAUACAGCAGUUAUAAUUACAGGGGAUUCGACAUUGCGAACCAUUUCUGUGAGUGGAUGUAUGAUUAUAACUAUGAGAAGUACCCCUUUUUCAGAGCAAACUUGGGGAAGUUCCCCACCAGGAAGCAGCAGCUCCAUUUUAUUUCCAGUUACUUGGCUGCAUUCCCAAAUGAAAUUGAAAACCUCAGUAAUGAAGAAAAGUUCAUUAUAGAAGAAGAAAUGCUGGUUGAAGUCAAUAGGUUUGCCCUUGCCUCCCAUUUCUUCUGGGCACUGUGGUCCAUCGUGCAGGCCAAGAUUUCAUCCAUCGAAUUCGGCUACAUGGAGUAUGCCCAAGCGAGGUUCGAUGCCUAUUUCCACCAGAAGAGGAAGCUGGGGGUGUGACCGCGGGAGGACUUCUUACCCUCCGUCCCUGGACUGCGUGGGGCGGCCGAGCCAUGGAGCCCUCUGCUCCAACUGCUGUUCCUGCGGCAAGAAGCUGGGAUGGCUCGCUGCCGCACACAGAUGUGUAUGAUACAAAAGACUGUAUUAAAACUGAGUAACAUUUAUUUCAUAUCUUGUUUACGAUUUCACUAGGCCUCUGACAAGCUCUGGCAGCAGAAACACAGUUCAGUAGUGCAAUAGUGUGAUAGCUCAGAUUCCUCUAGUCCAGAGAGGCCCCGCCUGCGCAGACAUGCAGCCAGCCAGCACGCCACCACGGGCGCUUCUGGUCACUGUUGACUCUUUACAGGACUUUACCCUGCUGGUGAGCACUGUCCCGGCUCUCUGUAGGUAACGUGUGCAGACACUGCUCACUCCUGAGGGUGACGAGGGACAGGCAGACCGUGACACUGCCCAUGGCCUGCCAGUCGUCUCCAGAAGCUGUUCCUUCACCCUCUGGUCCAAAAGGCUGAAGCUCAAGGAAGCAGAAUGCACACGGCGGGCGCCAGCUGCUGUCUCCAUGCGAUGAAUGUAGCUCCUGGUACCUGUCGUGUGUUCAGUUGUAUGGACAGAUCUCUCCCUAAGUGGGUGUAGCCUCUGCCUCGCCCUCCUCACUGAAUGUUGCUUUAUUAACUCUGCCUCGAAGGGCCACGGCGGGCAAGGGCAGCGUGGGGAUGUGCAGGGCCCUGCCUCCCAGCUGCCUCCCGCGGGGACCAGGGGCUUUGUCCCCUCCCUGCCGCCUUUUCUCCUCCACGACUGCAGCCUGGAGCUGACCGUUCUGUGACAGGGCUGUCUGCCCCAGGGCCCCUCAGGAGCAGAAACCCUGGCUGGGGCUCUCGGUGGCCAACCCUCACUGCUCUGACGCCCCAGUGUCCUUCCGGUGGGACCAGCAGCCUGUGUGUGACAUGUGGGGCGUGGGUAGACUAUAGCUGUGAAAUUUGUAUAUGUUAAAUAUCCUUUGGGAUACAUUUUUUAAACCUGAACUCUUAUUGAAUUAUUUCUGUGCAUACAGUUCUGCUACCACAGAGAUUGUACUAUACAAACAAUAAAAAAAUAAAACCCCA